CCCGAAGCGCUGAAGAAUUGGAUUCCAGAGGCGGAGCAUGGCGAGCUCGCAGCUCAUGCACCGGAGCGCCGGCUGCUUCGCGCUCGCGCUGGCGCUGCCGAGCGGGGGGAAUCGCAGCGCCGCGAGGGUGCGGUGCUCGUUCCCGAGGACGUACGAGGAGUUGCAGAAGGGAGUGGGAUUGGAGGAGCUGGUGCGAGGGGCGGAGAGCGCCGGGGCUCGAGGUCGGAGCAAAUUGCUGCGCAGGUCCGGAAAUGAGGACGAUGUCGAUCGUCGCAGGACGGGAGGAACGCGCUCCUCGCCACCGCCCUCGCGAAAUGGUUCCUCGAUGGCCCCCGCGGACUUGGACUGCGAGCACUUCUCACGGUGCUCGGGCUGCGUCAUCGACAAAGCUCUGGACGAGCCUCGCGUCAUGCGAGACGCCGUGAGUUUUUUCAAGAGGCAUGCGGUGGACGACAUGGCCUUGACGACCGUCGGUGUCUGGGAUUGGAGAUGCCGUGCGAAGCUCGCCGUCCGGGGAACUUGCGACAAUCCCUUGAUUGGGCUGUACGAAGAAGGGAGCCAUGUCGUUGUCGACAUUCCGAAUUGCCGAACGCAUCAUCCGAGGAUCAAUGCCGCAGUCGAGCUCGUGAAGGAAGCCAUCCGAACGCUCGGCGUCGAGCCUUACAAUGAAGAAACGCACACCGGCCAGCUCCGAUACCUUCAGAUGGUGGUGACGACGUUCAAUUCCUCGUUGCCAGCAGCCGAACGAUAUGCGGAGGGCAAAGUGCAGGUGACACUGGUUUGGAACGCUCGAGAGGAGAAGUCGGUGGAAGCGGAUUUACUGCAACCAAUGGCGGAAUUCUUGUGGCAGAAAGGCGGGCUCGGCAGAAGAGGGUCCACUCCAAUUUUGCAUUCCGUGUGGGCCAAUUUCCAGACCACCCGCACUAACAUAAUAUUUGGAGGCAAAUGGCGGCAUCUUCUAGGAGAGCAACAGCUGUGGGAGCGAGUUGGCGGGGCUGACAUUUGCUUCACGCCGGCCAGUUUCGGGCAGGCGAAUGUCCAGGCUUUCGAAGCCCUUCUGCGGAGGCUGCAGAAGAAGGUCAAGCGCGAUUCCGCCGUGGUGGAAUUGUACGCAGGCGUCGGUAUCAUCGGUAUCAGUCUUGCUGUCACGCGAGCUUGCAGGUCUGUCAAAUGUGUGGAGGUGAACAAGGAGGCGAAAGACUCUUUCCAGCUCUCUCUGGCCCGAGUUCCGGACUCAGUCGACUGCAAAAUCAGCUGGCACUGCGCCGAUGCCUCGGUCAGCCCCAUAAAUUGGCUAGAAGGAGCAGAGGUGGUCAUCGUGGAUCCUCCCAGGAAAGGGCUGGAUGCCCCGGUCAUCGAGGCCCUGCGACUCGCCUCCCUUCGAGGCCAAGGAAAGCAGAAGUCUCCAUCUUCCAGUAAUGUGAAUCGGGUCGAGAAGCGCCCGUGGAUCGUCCGAGCAAAGCAAGACAGUGUGGUGAAGGACAGUGCAAGCGACUGGCAGGAGGAGGUGGACGUAAUUUGGCCUGACACUCUGAUUUAUGUCAGUUGUGGAUGGGAGUCCUUCAAACGAGACUGUGCAGCUCUCAUCGAGGGAGAUGCUUGGCAUCUGGACGACGCACAUGCCUUCAAUUUCUUCCCAGGCACAGACAGCAUCGAGACGCUGGCAGUUUUCAAGCGCGGCAAGAGCACAGGCACCAAGAGCUCCAAGAAGAAGGCUGGAAGAAGAACGGGACCGAUUCCUUUCCACCGCAAAGUUGGCAAGGGAGCUCUCCCCAAAGCGAAACAGUAGAUGGGCACGUCUUCAGGCCUGGCAAAGGAAAGUAUACAUGCUGAAAAAAUUCCCAAGUCUUGGGAGCGAAGAGCUUGACACUAGUCACAUCUCUUUUGUAAGUUUUGAUACAAUUUAUCUGCUGGAUUGUGUGCACCACAUCAGAUCGAAUGUGGACGAGGGUUGGAACCGUGCAAAUCAGGGGAGAGAUGUGUCACCUCCCUUUACUCUGAAGUAGAAAAAUCUCGAAAGGUUUGUUACGUACCUCGACAUCUAGCAUCGUGACAUCUGAAGUUGUAGUCACCUCGUCACUUAGUGAGUGUGCCGAAAGGUGCUACAAUUGUUGAAUAGUGAGGGAAUAGGCCGACCACUUAGCGGACGCUCGACAUGGCUCAAAUUUACAGCACCAGGGUCUAUACAACAGCCGAUACUAAUACGCUGUUACAGCACAACAAUACCAGUAUUAGUGGACUACACAGUGCACACAGGACUGCGGGGCCUUGGCACUGAAGUGAGGUGGGAUGCUCUGAGCGACUUGAGCUAUAUUCUUUUAUGUCUUGACUCAGAUGAAUACAAAGAAACGGUCCUUCUUUCGACCAAAG